GGCUACUUGGCUCGUUAGCUAUUUGGCUAGCUAGCAUGAGUGAACUGACGGGCUGCAAACAGUCCGCCGACUCUGCGUCGAGGAAACGGUGUCCGUCACCCGGCCACGACGAAGGCAGCGCGAUCCCCAGCAAGUCCACCAGAGUAACCGACGCGCCGGACGCGGCGGCGGCGGCGGCCGCCACUUCGGAAAGUUGCCGAAACAGCGAAGCCGAGAGUAAAGAAAUAGCCGCGAGCGGCGAGGGCCAAUCAAAAAAUAGUGAGGGAAAACCAGCUGCCGUUCAAGCGGACCAGGGUCCGCGCAGCGCGAGCGGCACCGGCGCGCCGCCCGCCAGCCGCUCCGAGCCGGACGCCGCCGGCGACUCGGAGAAGCCGCAGUCCUCCGACGCACGCGGGUCAGCGGACGACGACAACGAUGCCGCCGCGAAGACCGCGGGGACGAAGCGGCGUCCCCCGGCGAGCCUGGACCAGAGCGACUCGGCGGCCAUCGCGGCCGCAGAGGCGCUCGCCAGCCUCACCGCGGGAGACGGCGAAGGCGCCAAAGAGACUCCUUGUUCAUCCGAAAAGGCGAAACAGGUGAAACAGGGGAGCAAGUUCAAACAGCGGGGGAGCCACCACUCCUCGAGGACGGGCUCCAAAACGCAGGCGGCCGCUGCGGACAGCUCCACAUCUGUGCACAGCACUGACCGGGAGGAUGCAGACGAGAUGCCAGAAGCAGACGACGGGGAUGAGUCCAUAUCCGGAUCCUCCUCCACUCCGAGCUCGUCUUUCCCUUCGGACAAUGAGGACAAUGACGAUGGAGAGUGCGCCAUCGUGUCGGUGAAGAUGGCCCCAGAGAUGAGGCAGUCGGUGGCGCUCCUGGCGGAGGUACAGAUGAGGCUGGAAGCCCUCGAGAAGAAAAGCGCUCGGCUCCACCAGCGAAUGGAGCUGAAGAUCAGUCGUCAGCGGCGUCCACAUCUGGACCAGCGCAGCUCCAUCACGAAAACCAUCCCGGGCUUCUGGGUGACGGCUCUGUUGAACCAUCCUCAUCUCUCGGCCCACAUUGACGAGACGGAUGAAGAUGCUCUCAGUUACAUGACGGAUCUCGAGAUUGAGUCCUUCAAGAAUAAUAAGCUGGGCUACAGAAUCCGCUUCCACUUCAGACGAAACCCAUAUUUCCAGAACAACAUCAUCAUGAAGGAGCUUCACCUUGGGAUGGGAGGAUCUCCCAUGUCCUUCUCCAACCCCAUCCUGUGGCAGCGUGGACAGAACCUGACGGCCCACAGUGAGCCCAGGAAGUCGUCGCGCGGCGUCUACAAGACCUUUUUCAGCUGGUUCAGUGACCACAGCAGCCCGGGACAGGACGAUGUCGCACAGAUACUAAAGGAUGACCUGUACCGGGACCCUCUGAGAUACUACCUUACUCCACUGUGGGAACCGAGGGAGAACGGCAGCGGCGGAAAGCGGCGCCAGAACUGCUGACAACCGGAAAUGAGACGACUGUGUCGGGAUCUCCCGACUCGGAAGACCAAGCCUCGCUAGAAAGCUUGGCUAGCCGGAACAUGCCGCACUAGG